AUGUCUGAGCAGCUUGAUAUGGAGACGAACAACCUCUGUAUACUCGAGGAUACAUUUGAAAAGUUUCAAGCAGUUUCUAUGUAUCAAGAAGAAGAAUGCAUAAUGCUGCCUCAGAAAGACCUGCCAAAUCCGGAACCGUCCGAACUAGAAAAACAAAAAUCACCUCCUGACAUCAACGAUGUUGCUGUGAGUUCAUGUAAAGGGAUGAGUAUAUCUGGAAACAGUAUGAAAGUAGAGGAUUUUACGAAGAAAUCACUGAAUAGUCCAUGUGCUGACUUAGAGCAAGGAUCAAGCUUAAUUGUUUCAACUGACAAGCGCCAAUACAACAGUGAGGAAUAUAACUACGAAAAUGACUCCGACAUGGUUGUGAGUAACAGUGAAAAUGUUAUUAAUCAGGGCAACGCAAUUCGAGAAUCUCCCACAAAAAAUAAUGCUGUAGUUCCCCGGAAAAGAGGAAGGAAGCCGAAAAAACCUUUAAUUCAAUCAGAAGAAUCCUCCACAACUGUCUCAAAAAAUGUAGAAAAUCCUGAUAUUACAUCAACACCCUUUAGUUCUGAUCCUGAAACCCCAGAAACAGUAAAUGUUGUCAGAAAGAAGCGAGGUCGACCCAGGAAGAUACAACCCAAUGACCAUAGUGAAAUGAUACUCAAUGUUAGUGAUAAAGACCAAACAAGUGAAUUAAGCAGUGCUGAGAAUAAUAAAUGUGAUGAUUUAAUUAUUAAAAGAUCAGUUAGGCGCAAACGCAGUAGACCGAUAAAAAGUAUGAAUACAUUACCUAUGGUUGUUAAUAAUGUCUCUCAAGGCAAUCCUCUGAGUUCCAACAUCGAAACCGUAGAAAAUUCAAGACUCAUAGAGGAUGCUUCUGAAAAUUUAAAUGUUGUUACUGAAACAUCACAAAAACGUAAACGGAAAUCUGUAGUAUCAAACCAAGAAAAAACUGAAAUAAAUGAUAAUGAUGUUAAUCCAGACUCUAGCAAAAUAUUAAGUGAUAACAUCUCUGAUAAUGAUGACUUAGAUGACAUAUGUCUUAGUAAACUGAAAAGAGCCCCUGACCAAGGAAAUGUUUGUAAAUUAAAUGAAGAGAAUACUGGUAUUGAAUCUAAGAAAGAUGCUUAUGAGGAUAACAAUUCAGAAAAUAUAGGACAGCUUACUAAACCUAAAAAGAAAAGGGGGAGACCAAAAAAAAAUCAGACUACAGAUUCACUAUCUCAACUUAUUGAAAGAUCACAACCUGUUGCUGACUAUGUGCCUUUAAAUGAAAGUUCUAAUAUGAAAAGUGAUGAGGCAGAUGAUACAUGCUUAAGUAAAUUCAAAGCAAUAAAAAGUGAUUCCACUGUUAGAGAAUCUAUACCUGAAAUUACCUAUGAGGAAACCCAAUUAUCUAUGGACCCUAAAGUUGAAACUCAAAAAGUACAUGUUAUUGAAAAUGUUGUUUUAAAUGUACCUACUACUGAAAGUCAAGUAUCAGACCUUGGUCAAAGCAAUACUGAAUGUAAUGAAACUCCAAUUAAGCGAAAUACUAAAAUGCCUGUCAUGGCAGAUUUUGAAUACAAUAUAGAUACUGUUUUAAGCAAUGAGAACACAGGUGGCGCUACAGACGAUUCUUUACUAAUUGAAGAUACAUCUAAAAGACCUGUUCGUCGAAAAAUAAAGAAAUACAAGUAUGAAGAAGAAUCUGAUGAGGAUCCUUUUGCUAAUAUUGAGUUAUCAGAUGAUGAUGAACCAAGAAGAGGUAGGAGAAAUAAUAAAUAUUAUUCUGAUGAUGAAUAUAUUCCUGGUAAAAGAGGCAAUGAUGCUGUUCAGACAUCAACAGACACAGAAUUAUCUUGUAAUGAGAUUAAUGAUAUAUCAGAUGAUAACAAAAAGCAAAAGAGGAAAAAGUUACGUAAAAGAUCGGAUAAUCAGUCACCACGAAAGAGAGGAAAGAAAGAUGAACAAAAAACUGAAGCAACAACCAAUGAACAAAGUCCAAAAAAUCACCAAACUGGUGAUGUUGAAAUAUGUAUGGAUCCCACUGUUAUCAAAACAAGUGAUAGUGAAUCUCAGCACUCACAACCCUCACAGCUAUGGGGUAAUACAACAGAGUUUGAAAACUUUCUUGCUAAAAAAAUACAGGGUACUAAUUUAAAAAUAAAAAAGGUUUCGUCAAAUGUACCAACUGAAAGUAACAAAAUAGAUAUACCAAUACUUAAUCCAGAAGCUAAAAAAACUAUUGAAAUGUGUACACAAACCACUAAUAUACCCACCUUAUCAAUAGCUGUGCAAACGGAUACAUCAUAUGAUAUCCCCAUAAAAGAAAAUAUUCCUUUGACAUCGGAGCAAUCUGAAAAAGCAUGCUAUUUUCUCAACAGUAUUGUUAAAACAACUGCUGAGCUAGGAUUGCUAAUGACACAAAAAUCAGAAGAUUUUAUAAAAAAGAAAAUAAAUACCAGCCAUGUCACUGAUACAGUUAAGAUGGAUUAUUGUGUAAAGAAAUCAUUUUUAUUAUUUAAGUUAGCUAAACACAAUCUACUACAAAUGGAGGAAGACUUGUCCCGACAAUAUGAUCAAUUCUUGGAAGCUAAUAAUUUAACUAGAUGUAGAGAAGAACAAAAGAACAUAAUAGCUACUACUAAAGAAGCGAACAGUGACAGUGAUUGUGAAAUUGUAGAUGUUAAACCAUUCCCUCAAACUAAAGCAAUACGGAAAGAUUCAGGCAAACCUGCCUUUAAUCCAAAAACUGUAUUUCUUAACAAAGAGUUAUCAAUCAAAAUUGCUAAAAAACCAAAUGAGAACAAGAAACUGGACAUCAAGGGACGUCACACUGUUUGGAUUAAUGACACAGUGAUGGUAAAAAAAGUCAAGCCUACUCAGUCUUUUUUAGCCCAGGACAGCCGAAAUAAAAAACCCCCCGAUAAUUAUUUCACCACAGAAAUGGUAAGUGACUUUUUUAAGAAUUAUUAUCGUGAAAGAGCAUUAUCAGCAUGUGCUCCUUUUGUAACCAGGGACUGGCUUAAUGUUUAUGAAGAGUGUGUGUGCAAUUAUUUUGUAGUUAAGCCACCACAAUACAAUACUGAUGAUAAUUGUUCUAAUGAUGGAUUUAAUAUAAACACUGAUGAAAGUACUACCACAAUAUCUGAACCAAGUUCUAAUUUAAGUGCUAAAAUGAGAGUAGUCUCUUCUCCAGACACUCUUUUUACAUUAUGUUUUCUUAAAGUAAAAAAUCUACUGUGUUGUAAUGGUUUUAACCAUUUCAAAGAAGUUACUCAUGAAAUAAGAUGUAAACUUACAGAUGACAAAAAAGCACCAGUAAGUUUAUUUCGGCUGUGUUUAAAAACAAUAAAUGAGACUGCAAUCAAAAGCAAGAAAACUAGUGAGACAUCAAUAUAUUCAACAAAUUCUAUAGUUGACUCUUUCACCAAUACCACUGUAAAUACAACCCCACCUCUUGAAUCAACAUGUCACAAAACAAAAAUGUGCUUAAACACAGCACUACCUCUUAAGUCACUGUGUCAUAGAAAAAUAGUACAGUUAACUGCCACAAAAACUAUCAUAGCAUGUGAUAUAGGAAAGGAGGAUUUCUAUACAGUACUACCUCUUAAAUCAUUGUGUCACAGAAAAAUAGUGGUACUCCUAGGAAAUUCAACUAGUAAUAUUUUAAACGGUCAGUACAAAAAUAACUUUGACAUACCAUGUAAUUGGGUGGAGUCAAAGAAAUCAUUGUCUACAAAUUCUAAAGAAAUAGUAUUGCAAACUGAUGGUGCAAAAAAUGAAAUCAAAACUCUUUUCUCCUUAUGUGUGGCAUAUAUUCAAAAAAUGUGGUGCACUGUGGAAAAUGAUAGGUGCAUUUUAACUCCAAAGUCUUUAAAAGAUAUAGCAUUUAAAAAUAUAAAAUAUUUACUUUAUACAACUGACUUUCUUAAAACUCAUGAACAUAAUGAACAACCUUCAAUUGAAGGUUUGAUGAUAAAUUGUGUAAAUACAUUGUCAGAAGAAGCAUUCUUAAAUUUGGAACAUUGCAAUGUAGAUAUUCCAAACAGUAUAGAGUAUCUAGACAACCACUUUGACAAUGAAGAUAACUUUGAACCAGACUUAACUGAUGGUGAAGAAGAUCACACUGAACCAGACUUAACUGAUGGUGAAGAAGAUCACACUGAACCAGACUUAACUGAUGGUGAAGAAGAUCACACUGAACCAUCCUGGGUAACAAAAGUGCAAAUGCAAGAGCUCAGGUCAUGUGCUCAAGUUAGUAAUACAGAUGUAGCUGAACAACAGAAAUUGGAACCGAUUAUAACACAAAUCAAGUUAGAACCUCUAGAUGAAAUAAGCGACAAUUUACUAGACUCAAUACCUGUAAAAAGUGAACCUGUGCCAGGUCCUGAUGAAAUGACUAUAAUACCGGAUGUUAAGAGUGAAAUCGAAGAACUUACACGUGUAGGCCCUAUACACAGACAGAACAGCAGUAGUUAUGAUGUGGAUGCAUUUGAACAAUUUGUUACUUCUAGUAAGCUUAUGCAAGCAUUGUCAAAAAACAAUACUGAAGAAAUUUACAGUCAAAGCUCAGCUAGAGUUAGAAGGCAGCAUGAACCAGAUUAUUAUGAGGAAAAUGAUGCUGAUAUGCUUGAUUUACUUGUUCCACAUACUUAUGAACCCAUGAGUACACAAACAGCUAAAGGAAGUCUUAUGGAGAGUAGUUCUGAUGAAAGUAGCAAAAACAUAAAAAGUAAUUCUAAGAAAGUAGUUGGCAAACGGCCUAGAAAAAAACCAAGGAAAUCCGAACAGAAACUAAAUAAUAAAGAUAAGAAUACGACCAUCCCUGCACCUUCCCUCACAAUUACCCCUGAUCCUACUAUUGCUCCUGAUCCUACUCCUGUUCACGUCCCCACUUCUAGCCCUGUUUCUACUCCUAAAGAAAAACAGAAAGGUCAAAAUAGUGAAGUGGCUAUAUUAACAAGAAGAAUGAAAGAAAAAAUAAGACAAGAAGAUAAACAAAAUGAAUCAUCAGAUUCUGAGAAUGAGAAUAUAACUGUCCGUUUAAGAAGUAAAGAGAAAAGAGAUAGUAGUGACCAAACCAAAGAUAAAGCUAAGGCUAAUACUAAUGCUAAUAAUAGUAAAGGGAAAAACAACGAAAUUCAGUGCAAUAACGUGGAUUCAACGGACCAAAUUGAUGAAAGUCUGGGUACAUUUACGGGUUUCACAUCUAUUGAAACAAAUGAAAUGUCUAAUUAUGAAAAGUAUAUGAAAUUUGUAUACAACAAAGUAAUUCCGAGCAAAGAGGAUGAAAUAGAAAAAGGCAUCGAAGUUUUAGAAAGUAGUCCGGCAGCUAAAAAUAUAGAAAACAAUAAAAGCACCGAAACAUCGGUAAUUAACACCAAUGAGCCAGUCGAACUCUUAGAAUGUGAGCCAACAUUGCCUAUAUUCGACGAAAGCAGAGCAAAAGUUAAAAAAGAAAAAAAAACGAAAACCAAAAUUAUUGAAGGCAACAUUCCUUCAGUAGUAACUACUACUAAAGUACCCCUGGCUUCAACAAUGCAACCAUUCAUAGAACGUCACGGCUGGCAUUGCUACCCACUUGACUCAAAAGAUUCGAAACUUUACCAUGACGCUUGUAUAAUUUUGGAGAAACUGCCUGAAACUUUUGUUCAAACAUAUUUUGAAUAUCAAAAUAUUGGCACGAAAGACAAAUCUGAUGAAGAAAUUAAUAGAUUAACGAACUUGAACUCAUUGAAUAGAUUAACGCAUGGAAAAGAUCGAAAACCUCAAAAUAGUUCUAAACGAGAGACUAAAAACGACCAACCAGCACAGGUUUCUGAAGAUGAGAAUCCAACAAUAAAUGUAGUUGACUCCGAACACUUCGAUGAAUUAAUGCCAUCUGAUGAUGAGUUUCCAAGUAUUGAAAAUGAAGUCCCACCUCCUGUAUUAAGGCAAACAGAAAAUACUUUAGCUAAAAAUUUGCUUAUGAACGACAAUGAUAGUGAGGAAGAAAACAGUGUCGAAGUGAAAACAGAGCCUAAAGAAAACAGUGUGGCAAGCAAAAAACCUGAGCCAUUAUAUAAAAAGAAAUGUGCCGAUAUUAUGGAGGAGCCUACAGACUUGAUGCUUACAGCAGAUAAGAUGAUGAAUAAAGAAUUAACUUUACUGCAUGCCCCAGUUGUGAUGGACAACAAAAUCAAAAUCAUACCUAGUACAGGUCCUGUCACUAGGCAUAGUAAGAAAAGUCAAUUAAAAGCUUCACCAACUAAUAAUAAAGUAAACACAAAAGAAGAUUCUUCUUCCGAGGAAGAGAAGCAGUGGGUCUCAACUAAAGAGAAGCUACUCAAAAAAAUGGGGAAGAAGGAGACUACCAGUGCGGAUGACGCGAAACGUGCCAAGCUGGUAACCGAAUUUAUAGAACGACGUGAGAUUAAUCCUAGCUCUCGAAAAAGACGGGGCGUCCGAGCGCGUCGUUCCGGUAAGAAGUUCCUCGAGAGACAGAAACAGCUAAGGGUAUUACAACAUGAACUGUUUGGUGAGACGUCUACUGACCCCACUGUUAGUAAAAGAUCAGUUGCUGCGUGGAAAGGGCGCCGUAAUAUCAGAAAAGUAUUGGACAAAAAAUCUUUGACACGAAGUACAGUAAUAGCAAACAUGGAGGAAUUUGAGAGAAAAAGAAGACUGAAUGCGAGGCAGACGAAAUUGCGAGAACUAUUAGGUUGUGAGGAGGGGGUGAAUGUUCUAGUCAUAAACGACGAGGUUUGUUUGGAGUACGACUUCGAAGAACAUCGCCCGGUCGUUACCAUACAUCCCUUCUUCACUAAAGUCAUGAAGGCACAUCAGUACGAAGGUGUAAAGUUCAUGUGGGAUGCGUGCUUCGAGAGUUUGGCGGACAUUAAAGCGGGGCACGCCGGUGGAGGAUGCAUCCUUGCACACUGUAUGGGGCUUGGCAAAACUUUGCAGGUGUUAGCACUCUUGCACACGGUGCUGACGCACCCGCGCGUGGGCAUGCACCGCGUGCUGGUGUGCUGCCCGCUGUCGACCGUGCUCAACUGGGUCGACGAGAUCCACAAGUGGAUCGGACCUGUCACCAACCAGAUCAAGGUAUUCGAACUGUCAAAACUAAAAAAGACUUAUGAACGCGCCUACCAAUUAGAGGACUGGUACAACGGAGGAGGGAUUUUCAUCAUCGGUUACGAACUGUUUCGAAGUUUAUCAACUUUAGACCCGCUACUCGAUGACGUCAGACCCACGAUAAUCAAUAAAAUUCGCACGGCGUUACUCGACCCAGGUCCAGACAUAAUUGUAUGCGAUGAAGGACAUCUUCUUAAAAAUGAUUGCUCAGUGCUAGCAGUGUCGAUGAGCCGAGUGGUUACAAAAAGAAGGAUUAUUUUGACAGGCACACCGAUGCAAAAUAAUCUGAGAGAGUAUUAUUGUAUGGUGAACUUUGUAAAGCCUAAUUUACUGGGGACGUAUUCUGAGUAUUCUAACAGGUUUGAAAAUCCUAUAAUGAAUGGACAACACAGAGACUCUCGGGAAGAAGACAUAAAACUAAUGAAAGCUCGCACACAUAUUCUUCACAAAGUCUUAGAAGGGUGUCUACAAAGACAAGAAGUAUCGGUGCUUUACCCUUACCUGCCUAAGAAACAUGAAUACACUGUGUUCAUAACUCUGACGAAGUGCCAAUGGGACCUAUAUAAGCAUUAUUUGAACCACUACAGUAGACAAAUGAAGCAGCAUAGUAUUUUGAAAGACUUCCAUAUACUGCAGAAGAUUUGGUCACACCCGCAAGUACUGCAUAACUUCCAGACCAAAGUUCAAGACUCUAAGAGUAAAAUUAAAUUGGAAAAGCUAGAAGAUGAUCUAGCUACGGAAGACCAAGAGGACAUAAAAGAGGUUGCGACAGAAAUGUGGUGGCUGCAAUACUUGGAAGGCGGCAACAUGCUCGAUUCGCUCGAAGCAUCCAACAAGUUCGUCGCCGUGUUCAGAAUACUGGACGAGUGUGUUGCUUUGGGCGAUAAAGUGCUGAUAUUCUCAACUUCAUUGUUCUGCCUGGACGCGCUAGAGUAUUUUUUGAAGAAGAUUAACAAAUGGAGUCUGGGACAGGAGUACUACAGGCUGGACGGCUCCGUGCCCGCCGAGGUACGGCAGAAGUGGUGCCGGGAGUUCAACGCUGAUAAUAAUAUUAACACUAGGUUGUUUCUAGUAUCUACACGGGCAGGCUGCUUAGGACUAAAUAUGACGGCAGCUAAUCGCGUUAUCAUCAUGGACACAUCGUGGAACCCUGCCCACGACAUACAGAGCAUCUUUCGCGUCUACCGCUUUGGACAAAAGAAAGACUGCUUUAUAUAUAGACUUGUUGCCAUGGGUACCAUGGAGCAGAAAAUAUAUGAACGGGCUGUCACCAAGCAGGCAGUGGCAUGUCGUGUAGUAGACGAACAACAGAUUGACCGACAUUACAACAUGGCCGAAUUGACAGAACUAUACAGAUACGACGAGGCGGGCGCGUGUGUGGCGCCGGGCGUGGCGGUGGGCGUGAGCGACGUGGCGCUGCUGCGCGUGGCGCGCGACGCGGCGCUGCACGCCGUGCACGAGCACGACUCGCUGCUGCGCUCGUCCGAGCAGGGCCUGCCCGAGCACGAGCGCGCCGCCGCCUGGAUGCAGUUCCAGCAGGAGCAGGCGCACAAACAAAUGGAGAACAAACUAAUCGCGAACAUACCUAAAAUUUCAUUAAAACGCUUGCAAGGAAACAAUUACACUCAAUCCUUUGAAUUGGAUGAUAUAAAAAUAAAAAGUGAAGAAAUUAAAACAGAGGACACUAGUGAAGACUUUGUGCCUCCAAAUGAAGUCAAAAGUAAAAAGGGUAAAAAAAUCAGUAAAAUAGUGGUACCAGUACCGACUACGGCAAAAUCUAAGGUGAGAGUAGCUAGGUCUACCAGACAGACGUCUAAAGGAGGUAGUUUCGAGGAACCUUCGACCAGUCAGAGUCACAGCAAAUAUAUGGAUAAAAAAGAUAACAAUGAAGAAACGAUGGUCAAUAAAAUUACAGAUAUACUAAUCAAACAUAAUUUCCAUAAUAAAACAAGAAAUACUGACAUAUCAAAUCUAGUAAGUAAAGUUAGAAAAAUAGUCAAUCAGGGUUUUAUUUUUAAUGAAGACACCGACGAUCUUACGUCUAGCAUUGCCAAGGUCUUGCUCGAGAAACCAAUUUCUAUGCCUUCAUUCACUGGCAUCAUGUGCGAAUCUAUAAACAAUUCUUAUUGUCCUCAAGUUGUAGAAGAUCAAUGUGAACAAAUUCUUAGUACUCAAAUUAUCGAAGACAAAGUAAACGAAGUAAAAACUACCGAAAGUAAAGUCACUGACAAUCGAAGAAAGAGGAAAGCCGCAAUUGCAGCCGAAAAGCACAUCGAUUCAAUGGCUCAAGAUAUAAUUAUUAACUUAGAUGACGACUUUGAUACCACCGAUACGGACUUUAUCCCAGAUGGAAUUAAUAAAUCUGAAAGACCACCAAUAAAUCAAAGAAAAAUUAUAAGAGAAUCAACAUCCAAAAGAACAACUGACGAAGAAGGAGAACAACGAAAUACUAUCACUCCUCCUCUACGUUAUUCCACAGAGGACGAGUCUACUCUUGUCGAAGCAGAUCAGCCGCGUACUAGAAUAAUCACGCCCAUCUUAAGAGUCAGGGCUGGUCCGAAAACUUUUAAAAAUAAAAUGAAAAAUAAAUUUUUAGAACAAGUCAAUUCUGCGGAUCGUUCAACUGAAGAGCAAAGUAACGGCAUAUUGUUGAGCGAAGAUUGUGAAUCUGAAUCCUUAGGUAAUAAUAACGUGCCUGAAGCUACGCCUACACCAGCUCCUACAUCCCUCGGGGAUGACGAGGUACUACCUCUACCUUUGUCUUUACUGACAAAUAAGAACUUUAUAAACAUAGUAGCGCAUACGUACCUGAACGAUAACCCGAUGUUGGACGCAGACGCCGCGACCUUAGCGGCGCGGUACAGCACCUUCAAGGCACUCAAAGAAGUCGAGCAAACAGGCAAAGGUAUAACAAGUGGGCCUAUCUAUGAUAUCGCUGUGAAGGUAGUCGGUAAAGAACUAUUCAGUAGAAUGUACAGUACAAAUUCUAAAACGAAUACGCCAUCGGUCGACGAAGAUAACGUAACAAUCGAACUUAAGGGAAAGAUGCGAGAGAUGAAUAAAGAGAAACUCACAGAAGUGAGGAAAGAAAAAUCCAGAAAAAGAAAAAUACAAAACUCGAAUACUUCUAGCUCCGAAACGGUGCAGAUAACUGCUCACGAACCGAGUACAAACCAGUGCACUAACGGCAACGUAGUGCCCGUCGGAUUGAUAAAAACAACGGGCGGCAUUGAAUCAAACGAGUUUGCUUCGAGCGAAUGUAUCCUGCCGGACGACGACGACGACGACAUGCACAUCGUCCCGCACGCCCUGCCCGCGCUGCCGCAGAUGCAGCCCGUUCCGCCCGACCAACCGCUCCCCGCUGCACCAUCUACUACCAUGCCUACUAAUUCGCAGAUCCUAUUGGACCGUUUAUUGGCUGUUAAAAAAACUGACUUAAAGAAGAAACCUAGGAACGUCAUAAAGAUCGUUCUCCCGCCGAAUGUAUCCAAAGGUAACGGCUCUCAAUCUAAGCUGACACCAUCCCAGCCCCCACCGACCAUGUCGAACGACACUAUUUGUUUAGACAGUGAUGAGGAGGAAACGAUAACUCCGACGGUGAUCGCUGAUCCAGCUCCGGUGCCGGUUCCACUCACGGUCGAACCCCCGCCCAAGGUACUAUCGACGCCUUCGAACGUAACACCUAUAACUUCAGCGCAGAGUAUGCCAAAAACUCCCUUAAUGCUGCACCAGGUUGCCUCGACAGGGUCUGCUCCGCAAUAUGUACUGGUCCCAACUAACGCCGUAUCUACGGUGCCAAAAGUAGUGACAAAAGCAAAACCGGUUCCUCAGAAAGAGAAACCUAUUAUAAAACCUGUAGAGGCGGUACAAUCGACUACUACUCCGUCUGCCACGUGUUUAAAUAAAAUUAAACAAGCUCGGUGCAAACCAGGCGACAUUAUAAGAAUUUCAGAGAAGGGUGACAUUGAAGUCCUUCAAGUCAGUAAGCGUAAAACAUCUACCGGUACUAAGGCGUCUCGGAGCGACAAUAAAACGAAACCGACUCAGAGUGAUAUUACAAAACUAAAGUCAUCGAACAGCGCGGAAAAGCCAAAGUCAUCUAACAGCACUGAAAAGCCAAAGUCAUCUAACAGCACUGAAAAGCCAAAGUCAUCUAACAACACGGAAAAGCCAAAACCGUCUGAAUGUGAUGUCGCCAAGUCGAAACCGCAGAUUCGCAGUUAUAGUUUAUCGAGUAGCAGUAGCGAGUCUAGGCCUAGCAGUCCAGUUGAGAACAAUCCUUUAUCCAUCUUCAAGAAUGUAGUGCACAUCCAGGCUGCAGACGACAAGCCUAGUUCCGCAAGCGAAUACAAAUCGAAGCCAACGAAAACCCAGAAAAGUGGCGAUGCUAGCAUAUACGUUCAACACGUGUAUGUACCUGAUUGCAAAAACUCAACAAAAAUACCUGCAAAAGCCGCGGCCACGCAAAACAAGGAGUCUAUUCCGAAAACAACGAAAGAGGCGAAAUCUAGUGGCAAUACAAUUAAAAUAGAAAAAUUACCAGCGAAGAAAGCUAUAAAUACGCUGGUAAUUAAGAAAUCACUAACCACGAAACCAAAUAAGACAACAGAAAAUAAGUCACCAUUAGCACCAGGUUUGAAAGCAGCCUCUGAUGAACUAAAUUCGAAAAACAACAAAGUUAUCCACACUGUUGACCUCACGCACUUCUCGAAUGUAACAGCUGGUAGCGGCCCGUCUGUUCUGAAGACUAAAAUUGAAGCCAAAAAGAGGGUUUCGACAGCAGAAACUAGCGCACCUAAGAAAAAGAAGCCUGAAUUACCAACACUAAAGGACUUCAGCUUAGACGAUAUCGACGAUAUCAUCGAACUGGAUUAA